AUGUCAGAUAUUCCUACAUGCCUAGAAUGUAAGGUGCGAAUAUCAUUCUCCAUCUGGGAGUCCCAAAAGAACCGUCUUCGAUCCGCUCAGAUUCAACAAGACGAAAUGCAAACCAAAGUUGAAGAAGCCUACGCCGAAUACUUCGAAUUUCAAGCUGAAAUGUCUCCUCCCCACAUUAUGGAAUCUGCUCAAGCUAGAGUUAACGAUUUUGCCACCAAGCUUAGAGCUGCUCAAUGGGAGGUAUCUAGUGCCAAUGCCGAUUUGAGCAGUGCUCAGGUACAGUAUGAGAAGGAUUAUAAAGCUUGGGAGGUGGCAAAUCAAUGA